GUACUUUGCACAUCUGGAUAACGCUGGAAAGGAGCAGUUGAUAAGGCAAAUUAGUGGUGACUGGUGAUGGGCGAUGACAAAUCUUUGACUGUAAUGGCGAGCAGAGAUAGAGAGCUUCUCAUGCCUGUCUCUGACUCUGCUGACGAUGUUGCUUCUUCUAAACCUUCUUCUUCAUCUGCCGCCUCUUCUAAUCACUCCGGUAGAGAGGCUUUCUACAAAGUGGUUCGAAGCUGGGCAUCAAAAAAGUUCAUGACUGGAUGUGUCAUCCUAUUCCCGAUAGCGAUCACUUUCUAUAUUACUUGGUGGUUUGUUCAUUUUGUGGAUGGAUUUUUCUCCCCGAUCUAUGCUCAAGUUGGAAUCAACAUCUUUGGUCUUGGAUUUGUAACUUCAAUAACUUUCAUCUUCUUGGUUGGAGUAUUCAUGUCGUCUUGGCUGGGGGCAUCUGUACUAAGCCUUGGGGAGUGGUUUAUCAAACGGAUGCCAUUUGUCCGACACAUCUACAAUGCAUCCAAACAAAUUAGUGCUGCUAUAUCACCUGAUCAGAAUACCCAAGCCUUUAAGGAAGUUGCCAUCAUAAGACAUCCACGUAUUGGAGAAUAUGCGUUUGGGUUCAUCACUUCGAUUGUUGUCCUUCAGAAUUAUUCAGGAGAUGAAGAAUUGUGCUGUGUUUAUGUACCUACUAAUCAUCUUUACAUUGGGGAUAUAUUCCUUGUCGACUCCAAAGAUGUCAUCAGACCAAAUUUAUCAGUUCGUGAAGGAAUUGAGAUUGUUGUUUCUGGUGGCAUGUCGAUGCCCCAGAUCCUAUCAACUGUGGAUCCUCAGAUAAUCCAGGUGGAAAGAAAUAGAUCCAGCAGAAACUAAGGAUGAAGUUGAAACUCUCAUUGCCCCAGUUUUGCCGUGUGAAAGGAUGCCUGUGAUGGUCACAUUCCACCCGUGGAAUUGGAAUGUUUUCUUUGGGGCUAGUCAAAAUGGGAUUCUGAUAAGAAUCUGUAACAUCCCUGCCGCGGAUACACAAUGAUCCCACCAUGUACAAUAUUAGCUUAGGUUGAGGUGUGAUGUAGAUGAAGUGACUUUCAAUUAUAGAUUGCGUUCACAACUAAUUUAGCUUGUAUGGCUUUGGC